GCUCUCUAGCUGUCUGCCCCACGUAACAACUGUGGACUGUAGCAUGCAGCUGAGAAGAUUCCUCCAGCCCCACACACACAAGACGAUGACACUAGCUGCGGCUGCUGCUGGUGGGAGCACGUGAGGUGACUGCAGUAACCCCCGUCUGUCCAAGCAUAGAGAUAACAAGACUAGAGCAGCACAUGCCCCACCCACCCCAUCUGACCAGCAGAGCUCCGGAAGUGACCGCCUCGUUAUUGAUACUGAGGCAGAGGAGGAGGAGGAAAUGGGGGAGCCCUCAGGCCAGCCUGAUGUCACUUACGUGGACUCGGGGGAGGAGGAGCCACAGUAUAUAAUUAUUGACAGUCAGGAGGAGGAAGAGGAGGAGGAAGAGGAGAAGCCCUCUCCCCAACUUGGCCCUACACUGGAACAGGCCACCGAGGAGGAGGAGGAGGAGGAGGAGGAUGAUUAUGAGGCGGCAUUUAGUGACGACGAGCCAGAAUACAUUUUUGUCCGUCGCCAACCAGUGGAGGAGACACCAGUGCCAAUGAUUUAUGGGGGCCCUAGACAGGGCCAUGAACGGUGGGCUGGCCCAGAAGCGGGCAGGCAGCAGCCCACUUAUACAAGAGAACAGUUGCAGCGGGCUCUCCAGCUACUGCGGGUGGUGGUCCACCUUUUAGUGGACCUUUUUUUUAAUUUUUUAUUAAGAUUAAUUUAAUUUUUGUGUAUUAAAUAUUUUUUGUUGUAUUGUACUCCAUUGUAUAGUAUCUUUUUCUACUGUAUAAGCUAGGCAUACUGUACACCAUACAAUAAUCUCGCAGAUAAUCUGCCAGAUCUGGCUGUCUGGAAUGAAAUUCUGGUUAUGGAUGAGAGCCUGGAUGAAGCCAUCAGAAGCCAUAGACUCAUGCCCAGUAACAGGGGGAUAAAAUGGGGGACACUUCCACCAUGCCCUGAAAUGCCCAAGGAUUCUGCCCCUCAGCAAGCUUGUACAGUGCAUACAGUACAACCCCUUCUCUUGAAUUCCCAUCAUACAGUAGUACUAAUUUAUACAGUACAGUAUAUGAGAAAGUUGGGAAUACAAAAAUUGGAAACCACGUCAUGUUUAUUUUAAGAAACACUUUAUUUACAGACAAAAUCAGUAGGAACAUGUAACAUCACACAUAUUGUAAUAAGAAAGCCAACAUCACACAUACUGUACGGUACUUUAAUCAAAAGGUAACAUCACAAAUACAGUAACAAUAUCAACUGAAACUUUAUUUUUAUUUUUUUUGGUGGUGUGGGGUAAUGUUUUUUUUUUUUUAGGUUUUGCUUUUUUUGUAUUAUUUUUAGUUUUUGUCUUUUGAUUUUUAACACGGUUGCAUACGGACACCAGAACGGAGAACGGAAACAGACAACAGCAGCCCCUGGAUGGACACAGCACAAUGGACUCAGACGCUUGGGGAUUGAAACACUUUAUUUACAGCCUGGACAUAUGACAGGCAGUAGGAACAUGUAACAUCACACAUAUUGUAAUAAGAAAGCCAACAUCACACAUACUGUACGGUACUUUAAUCAAAAGGUAACAUCACAAAUACAGUAACAAUAUCAACUGAAACUUUAUUUUUAUUUUUUUUGGUGGUGUGGGGUAAUGGUUUUUUUUUUUUUAGGUUUUGCUUUUUUUGUAUUAUUUUUAGUUUUUGUCUUUUGAUUUUUAACACGGUUGCAUACAGACACCAGAACGGAGAACGGAAACAGACAACAGCAGCCCCUGGAUGGACACAGCACAAUGGACUCAGACGCUUGGGGAUUGAAACACUUUAUUUACAGCCUGGACAUAUGACAGGCAGUAGGAACAUGUAACAUCACACAUAUUGUAAUAAGAAAGCCAACAUCACACAUACUGUAUGGUACUUUAAUCAAAAGGUAACAUCACAAAUACAGUAACAAUAUCAACUGAAACUUUAUUUUUUAUUUUUUUUUGGUGGUGUGGGGUAAUGUUUUUUUUUUUUUUAGGUUUUGCUAGGUAUUCACUGUUAAUAAUUCCUUGAUAAGUGAUAUAACAAUGCCAUAAAUCAUUAUACAGAGUGUGUACUUUAUACUAUAUACAGUAUGUGUGUGUAUGUAUGUAUGUAUAUAUAUAUAUAUCCAAAAAGAGAUACCUACUGUAUAGGCACUCAGAGACAGCGAUGAAGCAUUGCCGGCUUAUUGUGAUAAUUACAUACUGUAUACUGUGUUUGUGUGUGUGUGUGUGUGUGUGUGUGUGUAUGUAUGUAUAUAUAUAUAUAUUACUCUGUAUAUACUGUAAUGUAUGUACAGUUUAAUGUAUACAGUAGGUAUAUAAUACAGUAUACUGCACAUACAGUCUACUGUAUAUACAGUAAUCUGUAAAUCAGUAAUUUCAUUACUGUAUCUGAUUUCAUUAUUUUUGGCUCUUCACAGGAUAUCUCCCAUGAUAAGAGAUGUGAAUAAAGAAAAGAGAGUGGAACAGGCACGGCGAUGGAUUGAGAGUGGUGAAACAUUUAAUGAUGUCAUUUUCACAGAUGAAUCGUCUGUUGCCCUUGAGCGGUUCUCCAGAAUGUCAUUCCGGAAACGUAACCAUAUCUCAUUAAAACCACGCCCAAAGCAUCCAUUGAAAGUCCAUGUAUGGGGAGGCAUAACACGAUUAGGAGCUGGUCCCCUAUUAUUUUUCGAAGGGAUCAUGGAUAAGAAAUUUUUCCAAGAAACAAUAGUAGAGGGAUGUAUGGUGCCAUUUGUGAAUAAAUAUUACCCAACUCACCAUAGGAUAUUCCAAGACAAUGAUCCUAAACACUCCGCCUCUGCCAAAUUUAUGGAAGAGAAAGGUAUGAAUUGGGAACGCACACCACCAGAAUCACCAGACAUGAAUCCAAUUGAAAUAGUGUGGGCUCAAUUGAAGAGGUACAUUAGGAGUGUUGCGAAGCCAACAACAAAACAGCAGCUGUUGGAUGGGAUUAAGAAAUUUUGGCUAGAAGUACUCACACCUGAGCAUUGUAAUAAUUAUAUAAAUCACCUGUAUAAAGUAUUACCUGUUAUAGUCGAAAGAAAUGGUCAAGCCACAAAUAUGUAGUUCUGUACUAUAUCUUAUGUUUAAAAUUUUUAAUUGGUGCAUUAUUAAAAAUGUUUAUAAAAUUCCCUUUGUCUGAUUAUUGCAUAAACUAAUGUUGAAUAUUAUACAGUAGUAAUGUUAUUGAUGUGUAUGAACAGUUAUUUUCUGUUUUAUAAGUCCUGAAUAAGAGUACUGUACAUUUUGAUCAGUACAGUACAUGCAAUCGUAUGUUGUAAUAAAUACUUUUUUUUACAUUAA